AUGACUGAAAAAGAAUUAUCAUCAAAUUCUGAUUGGCUUUUGGUUGAAAAUGAGAAAGAUGAUUUGGAAAUACUUCAAAUUAAUUUUGAAAAACUUGAAAAAAAUUUGGUUGAAGAGAAGGAAAAGGCUGUCAAAUUAGAAAAGAAAUCUGUUUUUCUUGAAAAUGAAUUGAAGGAAAUGAAUAAAAAAAUUGAAAAAAUAAAUUUUGAUAAUGAAAGCAAAUUUAAAGAAAUUGAACAAAAUUUUCAAAAAUUAAUUGAAGAAAAUGUUCGAAAAGACGAAAAAAUUAAUUUUUUGAAAGAAGAGAUUUUAAAGAAAAAAGAACCAGAAAAGACAACAGUCAAAGCAGAGCCACAACAAACUCAAGAACUAUUCACUCCGGUUUCAAAGCCUCAGCAAAUAAUUACUUUAGAUUUGUCUUUCAAACAAGAUCCAAAUGACCCACAAAAAUGGAUUAUAACAAAUGAUGGUGUUGGAAGUUCAAACAUUAAAACACAUCAAAAAACAAUGCAAGUUGCUGUGAAUUUUGUUGGAAUUAGAAAUAAAUGGAAAGAGAUUGAAUACAGUAAAUGUUGUGACAAUAAAUGUAUAAAUACAAACAAACCUGUUGGUAAUUGUGUCACAGGAAAUGGAUUUGUAAAUAUAAUUGACGAUGAAAAUAUUGAAUAUAUUAAUUGCUUAGAGGGUAAAGAUGGGAAAAAUGUCAGUGCUUAUGUUUAUGCAGAAAAAACAUUCAAAAAACCUCAGAAUUGUUUUAAAAAUUCUUUACUAUAUUAUUUCGAAAUUAAAUGCAAAUUUGAAGGAGAGUUAAAUAAUGAUGGAAAAUAUAUGAGUAUUGGACUUAAAAAUUCCAGUACAAAUAAAAGUAUUCGAUUUUCUGCUAAGUAUGAAAGAGUUUUUAACGAGAAAAAUGAAUCAUUUAAACUUGACAACACUUCUUGGAAUAGCAACGAUAUUUUUGGCUGUGGAUUAGUUUGUCCUCCAGCUAAUAAAUUGGAUGAAUAUCCUUAUGUCUUCUUUAUAAAAAAUGGAAAACAGAUUGGUAAGGCUGUAUUAUUGAAGGAGAAUUUCAAAUCAUACAAACCAUAUGUUCGGCUGGAAAGUUGCUCAAUUGAAGCUAAUUUUGGAAAUGAUUUGGAUUCUAAGCCAUUUAAUUAUGACAUUUCAAAACAUGAAAUUCAUAAAGAAUUUUAUUGA